AAAUUAUUUAACAUUUUUUUUUAGAAAUAAUAUUAUUUUUCAUUUCUUGAUCUGUCCAUUCUACACCAACGACUUGGGCCAAUCUGCACCACGCAGGCCUAACCGCCCAGGGCAUGGUUGCUUAGCACGGACCGAAGAGCACCAGAUAAAAUAACAGUGUGUUUAAGCACCAACUAGAUUAGGGUUUAGAAAGGCAAAAUGGGAGUGUCUAAUUAGGAAUUAGAGUUGUCUUGGGGGCUUUCUUCCUCUCAUCAAUCCAUGGCUCAAUCAAUGGCCGAGGAGCAGACGGCGGUGAGAUCCAGCGGUAGGGUCGUCAGGUUCAGUGAUAGGAAAGGUUUCGGCUUCAUCAAGCCUGAUGAUGGCGGUGAAGAUCUCUUCGUCCAUCACACUGCUAUCAAAUCCGAUGGCGGUUACCGCUCUCUUGCUGAGGACGAUAUAGUUGAAUUCACUGUUUCUCUCUCUGCUGAUAAAUACCAAGCUAUUAAUGUCACUACCCCUGGUGGUGGCCCCAUUCAAGCGAGUGCCAAGAGAGGGGAUGGUUCUGCCAAACGCGGCGGAUUUGGCGGUUCUUGGAAUAGGAGGAAUAAUGGCAGCGGUUAUAGUGGUGGUAGUGGGGCUGGGGCCGGUGGUGCAGGUUGCUUUAACUGUGGGAGCGCUGGUCAUAUCGCUAGGGAUUGUAAUAAUCGAGGAGGCAGUGAUAAUAAAAAUGGUUGUUUUAAGUGUGGGAAUUCAGGGCAUUUUGCAAGGGACUGUCCGCGAGCAAAUAAUGGUGGUGGGGGUGGGGGUGGCAGUGGCAGUGGCGGCGGCAACGGUGCUUGCUUUAGCUGUGGAGGGUUCGGGCACUUGGCUAGGGAUUGUCCUGGUGGUGGCGGGGCCUGCUAUAACUGUGGAGGUUAUGGGCACUUGGCUAGAGAUUGUACUAGUGCUAGGGGAGGUGGCAGGUUUGGCAGCAUUGGUGGUGGUAGCAGUGGUGGAUGCUUCAAUUGUGGGAAGGAAGGACAUUUUGCAAGGGAGUGCCCUAACAACUCUUGACUGAGGGAAAAAAGAGUAAUAGUACAUAUUUCUUUCUUUUUUUCCCUUAUCUUUGUUUGUUGUCUUGUUUUGGGAUUUUGCCUUUUUUGUUCCCCGCAAUUUAUACAUAGGAUUGUGUUAAUGCAAGUGGUAAUCCUCUGUUUGGCGGAGGAAAUUUCCCAGUUUUGACGAAUACAUAUGGUGGUUCGGUUAAAGAAAUAGGCUUUGUUUUCAUGACCGUUCGAUAAUUUUCUAAUUGAGCCCUUCUCAUUUUUAUUAA